UCAACCUGUCAUUACUCCGCAUUCCGUUCAACCGUACCAAAUCCUCGUACACGUGCGCCAGGUGCAGUGUUAGCAGCGAAGCGAGGGGUGGAAAGUGCACUCGCGCCCACUGAACUUUACCAUGCCUGCCGCACGAUUCCCAGAAAGAGAGGAGAGCCAGUGAAGAGAGAGAGAGAGAGGAAGAGAGAGAGAGAGAGAGAGAGAGAGAGAGAGAGAUGGCCCCCGACGUGAACGGCGCCGCUACAAACUCCAACCGGAGUUUGUACGAUCGGGGAUCUGAGGCAUUUUGGACGAUCGCGGAGAAGCUGAAGGAGCACCUGCUCGAUCCUGGAGGCAUGCAGAGGCUGGAUUGUAUUUUAGCUUUCAUCCUGAGAAUCGACCCCUAUUUCGCCAGCGGGAACAUGCUCAGAAGCGGCGCAGGUUUGUUACGUUUCAUCAACCAACUCACGUGGCUACUCCCGUCCAGUCAUGGCAGCGGGAGAUCCGAAUGUUACAAGGAAACGAUGGAAGAGAUGCAAGAGAAGAUGGAGAAAAUGCAGGAAGUAAUUAAUAACAACACGGAUGAGGCGCAAGAGAAGACGGAGAAAAUGCAGGAAGUAAUUAAUAACAACAUGGAUGAGAUGCAAAAGAAGAUGGAGAAAAUGCAGAAAGUAAUUAAUAAAAAGAUGAAAGAGAUGCAAAAGAAGAUGGAUAAAAUGGAGGAAGAAAUAAGUUACAUCAAUUACCAUAACAAGAUACUACUCGAGCGGACUAAGCGAUGUGAGUGUCCUGGGGGGGAAAUUUCACUUAGAAUCGGUACGAUGUGGGUCCUUUGAUCUGGGUGGUGAUUUCUUGGAUGUCUGAUACUUACCAAGGGCAUGCAUGGAGUUACUUUUAGAAACUGUAGAAUUGAUUAUCAAAACAUAAAUGAGUUUGGUUUCCAAUCAAAGAAUGUUGUCUUAAUGAAAGUGUGAUU